UCAGAGAGGGAGGGAGGCGCUGACGUCACCCAGGCCCCCACCUUCGCCACCGCAAAGAAGGAAGAAAGGAAGGAAGGAAGGAGGGACAUGAUUCUAUGGAGCCACAUCUUGGGUGCAUUAAGGAAACCAAUAGUAUAGGAAGAAGAAAACCUCUCAACGUGAUGUUCUUGCUGAAUUCUGAUUAGCAAGAAAAAAAGUAGCACCAAGUAUCUGUAUUGCAAUUCAACACCCCUAUUACUGUUGACAUGGAGGAGAAAGCAUCUAGAUGCCUGGCGUGUGGAAAAAGUUUCACUCGGAGUAAUGAUCUGCAGCAACAUGAAAGAACUCACACUGGGGAGAAGCCCUAUGAAUGCCUGGAGUGUGGACAGAGAUUUUCUUAUAGUUCAAGUCUACAUAGACAUCAAAGGACUCACACUGGAGAGAAGCCCUAUACGUGCCUGGAGUGUGGACAGAGCUUCAGUCACAGCUCAAGCGUACGUGCACAUAAAAGGAUUCACACUGGCGAGAAACCCUAUAUAUGCCUAGAGUGUGGACAAAGAUUUCCACAUAGUUCAGGUCUACAUAGACAUCAAAGAACUCAUACUGGGGAGAAACCAUAUACAUGCCUGGAGUGUGGACAGAGCUUCACUCAGAGUGCAAAUCUACAUUCACAUCAAAGGACUCACACUGGGGAGAAACCCUAUAUAUGCCUCGAGUGUGGACAGAGCUUCACUCAGAGUGCAAAUCUACUUUCGCAUCAAAGGACUCACACUGGGGAGAAGCCUUAUAAAUGCCUGGAGUGUGGACAGAGCUACACUCAGAGUACAGGUCUACGUUCACAUCAAAGGACUCACACUGGGGAAAAACCCUAUAUAUGUCUGGUGUGUGGACAGAGCUUCACUGAGAGUGGAAGUCUACGUUCACAUCAAAGGACUCACACUGGGGAGAAACCAUAUACAUGCCUGGAGUGUGGACAGAGCUUCUCUCAGAGUUCAAAUCUACGUUCACAUCAAAGGACUCACACUGGAAAGAAACCCUAUACAUGUCUGGAGUGUGGACAGAGCUUCACUGAGAGUGGAAGUCUACGUUCACAUCAAAGGACUCACACUGGGGAGAAAUCUUAGAAACUUAUGGAGUUUGGAAAGAGCUUCUCUGAAUGUUCAAAUCUUCAUAGACCUAGAAUUCACAUUUGAGAGAACAAUGGGAUUUGACCCUAGAGAGACUAUCUAAGAUUAUAACAGAACCUGUAUAACAGAACACACCAACACUACCAUUCUGUGGCGAUAAAACCCCUCUGGAUGUUUUUAAGCAGAGGCUGGAUAGUCUUCCACAGGUGCUUUGAUAGUCUUCCAUAGGUCUUCAUGGCUGGCUGAAGUGGGCUGGGCUCGAUACCCUUUGGGGGUCUCUUCCAGUAGGGAUGGAGGGAAAGCAUAUUUCAUACAAUGUGCCUGUAGGCUACAUCUAAAACACACUUGUGUGUCAUGGCACACAGUUUGGAAAGUUCUGAUCUAAGACAUACAAAGGCAAUGCUCAUUAAUGCUGAAAAAUGAGAGCACAUUGUUUUGAUAUUUUUAUCAUAUUGUGUUGCCUUUGCAGAAAGUCCCAGCAAUAUUGGACACAAGUGCAUUCAAUGCUGGACAAAAAAAUUUAAGGUUGGAUUUACAUUUAGUCUCGAGUUGUGUUUCACAGGAAUCCUGGACAGUCAUCUAGAAACAAAAUUUGGAAGAUGCCUAGAAUCUAUGAUAACUGCAGCAAGCAUUAUUUAUCCUCAGAGAUGGGCGGAAGUCGUUAUCCCACACAAGAAGAAUGACUGAUCAAAAUCCGUGAGCGCUCAGAGAUGGACAAAGUGACUCUGCCGAUUAAAAAGAAAUCUUUGAGCAACUUCCAUGAAAGAUUGGGAUUUAUUUAUUAUUUUUUCACAACAACAACAGGUGCGGUUGGCAGGGACAAGAGACAGGGCCUUCUCGAUGGUGGCCCCACGCUGUGGAGCUCCCUCCCCAGUGACAUCAGAACAGCCCCCCCCCCCCCCCGCUCUUAAGCUUCAGGAAGAAUCUUAAGACUUGGCUAUUUAAGCAAGCCUUUGGGGAUUAAUAUGACCCACAAGUAUGAUGAAGAACAGUGAAGCAAUUGGUUCAAUGUUUACAAAGCUCAGUUGGUGCUAGACUUUUGAUAUGUUUGAUAUGUUUAAUCAUUGAAAGACUAUUUUAAUUGAUAUGUAUAUAUAUAUUUUACAGUGUUAUAAUAUUGUGUCAUACUGAUAUUAUUGUGUCCUGUUUUGUCUUGCAAGAACAGCCUUAAAACACUGUGGUAAGUAAAUGAAAACUGCUUUACUUCAGCAAAACAUAAAGAACAGCACACUUGGUGGUAUAAUGCAAAAGAAAGCAAGGAAGUCUUAGGGCAAACACAGUUCUUAGUUUCUGAUAAAUUCUUCAGACAAAAAAACAGCAAUAAAUCCUUAGGAGCAGUUUCCCAGAUGCAGACUCGAAGCAGGCACAAGGGGAGCGAAGGCUUAGGCAUUAGAGUCAGUUUGUUACCAGCAAGAGCUGGCUGCACCUGCUUCUGAUUUAUAGCCCUGAAUUCCCCCAAAGCUGCUAGGGCGGUUUCCAGUUACUCGGCUGUAUUUCUGGCAGCUAUUCUAGAUGAAUGACGUCUCUGCUCUGUUUCCUUUCGCCUUUCCUGAAAUGUGGGUACUUGCAAAAUCUUCUCAGAUUUUGACUGCCCCUCUGACUCAUGAAUACUUUCCUGCUCCCCUUCCUCUUCUGAAGAAGAGGAAUCCCUAAGAGUAGGGCCUGGGAGAGGACAGGGCCAGAAGGGGGUAGGGCGGGACACAUGGCAAUCAUCCUUCCUGAUCCUGGGGCUAUCCUCUCGGCAUUAUGCCAGGAGGAAGAUGAGAUUGGCAGCAGCUGAGAGUGCUCCGGAGGGCUCUCAGCCACCACGUGCCUUCCUUGAGCUGUCCUCCCGGCAUAAGGAUGGGGCCACUUGCACUUUCCUUAUGACAGGAGGAGAGCGAGACACGUAGUGGCUGAGAGAACUCCAGAUAGUGCUCAGCUGUUGUGGGCCGCCAUGUCCUUAUGACAGUGCAAAUGAGGAGGGCCUUAGCUAAGCGUGUUUGUUUAUUUAUUUAUUUAUUUAUUUAUUACAGCAUUUCUACCCCACCCUUCUCACCCAGUAUGGGGACUCAGGGCGGCUUAAAAUAUAAAACAUAUACAGUAUGUAACAGUUUGCUCAUGCCUGAUCCAAGGAGAGUAGAAUAAGUGAUACAAUCAACUCAAUGUGAAGCUCUUAGAAUUAGACCCAGGUCUGUUUGUUUGUUUGUUAGUAUGGGAGUUUUUUCCCCAUUUAUUGUUGUAGUUCAUUGUAGUAGCCACUCAGUGUGCUGCACAAUUUUAGCAUUAUAUAUUAUAAAAUUACUAUGUUUCCCCUUUUCUUAAUAAAAGAAAUGUGUUUUCAAAGAAUGAAUUUAGAAGGGUCAAAAUAUCAGAGACAGGAAAGGCAGACAGAGCUCAUUAUUUGAGUUCCUUCUCGAGAUUGUUUAUCACCUAUAUGUUGGUCGCAUGGCUCAGGGUUUGAUCUUUAUGCUUCAAUUAUCAAAUAUAUACAGUGUUUUUGGCAUGACCUUGUUUUUCAUUGCUGCACAUCUGAAGCCAGCAUUUCAGUAAGCAGAGGCUGGAUGGCCAUCUGUCAGGGGUGCUUUGAAUGAGAUUUUCCUGCUUCUUGCAGAGGGUUGGACUGGAUGGCCCGUGAGGUCUCUUCCAACUCCAACUCUAUGAUUUUAUGAUUCUAUGUCCCUCCAUAUUUGCAGAUAUAGCUUUCAUGGAUGAUGAUAAUAUUUUUAUUUCGUACCAUGCUCUCCCAAGGCUGGUUUAUUUAUUUAAUUUAAUUUACAGUAUUUAUAUUCUGCCCUUCUCACCCUGAAGGGGGCUCAGGGUGGAUUAGAAUGCACAUAAACAAGGCAAGCAUUCAAUGCCAUUAGACAUACACAGAGGCAAUUUGACAUUUUCCAGCUUCAUUCUUCAUGAGGAUAUGCUCGAUUCCGGCCUCAGGGGGAGCUGCUGCUUCAUUGUCCACUUGUGGCACCAAGUCCUUGAUGGUAGUACGUCCUCAUUCCUUUCUGUACGCUGCUGGCAGUUUUAUGUUGCUGUAAAUUAGUUAAAUUAGCCUCUCCGCAUAAAGUGGUAUCUAAAUUUUCUAUUCGACAGAUGCAACUGUCUUUCGAGCUGCUUAGGUCAACAGUGACCUAAGCUAUUAUUAAUGAUUGGGAGCUCAAUCCGACCUGGGCUUCGAUCUCAUGACUUCUCAGUCAGUAGUGAUUUACUAACCAGCUGCGCCACAGCCCGGCCCUAACUAAAAUAUUAUAUAAAAAACGGUAAUAAUAUAAUACGUAUGGUAUCAUUAUAAUAUAAGUGUAAUACUAUGUUAAAAAAAUUGAAAUAAAAUCUAUUCCUGGUUUGAAAGUUUUCAUUUCCUGCUUAAUUGUGCAUUAUUAUGGAUUUUAAUCAUAUGUUUUUAUAUUUUUUAUAUUGUUUUAAUUGUUUUAUUGGAUUUUUAUUGCUGUUUUAAUUAUGUAUAGGCAUCAAAUUGUUGCCAAUUUUGUACGCCGCCCUGAGUCCCUUCGGGUGAGAAGGGCGGGAUAUAAAUGUUGGAAAUAAAUAAAUAAAUAAAUAAAUAAAUUAUUUACUGUGAAA